AUGCAACAAAUAUUUCAAUUAAUUAACGCAGUGACAGUGCAUUGAACAACAAUAACAACAAUAAUUCAUAUAAAACAAAAACAAAAGAGAAAACAAAACAGAAAGAGAAAACAAGUUUUUCGGUUUGCCGUUUUUCAUUUCUAUUAACUUAUCGAACGCGUCGUUUGAGCGCGUUGAGAAUUUGUUGCAUAGAUUUUGAACGCAGCGCGUUGAAAAAGCCGGCAACAUAACGGCGCAACUAUUGAACAGCUUUCUCAAGGGUAGUCCCCACCAGACCACCAUAGAUAUAAUGCAAAAGCUGUAUGCGGAGCCGCCGCCCAGUGGUGCGCCCGUCAGCAUGUCCAGUGCUGGCGGUCCGCCAACUAGUGGCGGUGGUGCGGUGCCGACCAGCAACCACAACAAUCCCAAUCCCACCUCCAAUGGCGGCAGCAUGAGUCCGUUGGCGCGCUCCGCUUACACCAUGAACAGCAUGGGCCUCACAGUCGGUGGCAUGUCAUCGGUGUCGCCACAAGCCGCGGCCACCUUCGGCUCCAGCGUACUCGACUCGGCGGCAGCGGUGGCAAGUAUGAGUGGCAGCAUGGGCGCAGCAGCGGCCAUGAAUUCCAUGGGCGGCAACUGCAUGACGCCCAGUUCGCUGAGCUAUGCAAGCAUGGGAUCGCCACUGGGCAACAUGGGCGGUUGCAUGUCCAUGUCGGCGGCCAGCAUGUCGGCAGCCGGUCUGGGCGCCGGCUACGCUCCCAUGCCGUCCGGACAGCGCGACAUGGACAACAGUUCGCCGAAUUCACGGCGUGGCAUCGACAAGCCAACCACAUAUAGACGGAGCUAUACGCAUGCCAAGCCGCCAUAUAGCUACAUCUCCCUGAUCACGAUGGCCAUACAGAACAAUCCGACACGCAUGCUUACUCUGUCGGAGAUCUACCAGUUCAUCAUGGAUCUGUUUCCCUUCUAUCGGCAGAAUCAGCAACGCUGGCAGAAUUCCAUACGCCACUCGUUGAGCUUCAACGAUUGCUUUGUGAAGAUUCCCCGCACGCCAGAUAAGCCGGGCAAGGGUUCGUUCUGGACACUGCAUCCGGACUCGGGCAACAUGUUCGAGAACGGUUGCUAUCUGCGGAGACAGAAGCGUUUCAAGGACGAGAAGAAGGAGGCAAUUCGGCAGCUGCACAAGAGUCCGUCGCACAGCAGCCUGGAGGCGACCAGUCCGGGCAAGAAGGAUCACGAGGAUUCGCAUCACAUGCACCAUCAUCAUCACACGAGUCGCCUGGAGCACCAUCAGCACCACAAGGAGUCGGGCGGAGGCGGCGGAGUGCCGCUUGCCGGCGUCAAUGUCCUCAGCGCAGCGCACAGCAAGGACGCGGAGGCGCUGGCCAUGUUGCAUGCCAAUGCCGAGCUAUGCCUCGGCCAGCAGCCACAGCAUGUGCCCACGCAUCAUCACCAUCAGCACCAUCAGCUGCAGCAGGAGGAGCUGUCGGCGAUGAUGGCCAAUCGCUGUCAUCCGUCGCUGAUCAGCGACUAUCACUCGUCGAUGCAUCCACUGAAACAGGAGCCAUCCGGCUAUACGCCUUCCAGCCAUCCGUUCUCCAUCAAUCGCCUGCUGCCCACAGAGUCCAAGGCGGACAUUAAAAUGUACGACAUGAGCCAGUACGCCGGCUACAACGCUCUCAGUCCGCUGACCAACUCACACGCUGCCUUAGGCCAGGACUCCUACUAUCAGAGUCUCGGUUAUCAUGCGCCCGCCGGCACCACGAGCUUGUGACAUCAUCAGUAUCCGCUGGCUUAAGGGCGCGCGGAGCAGAUGCUGCGCUUUGGCAGCAGCGGCGGCAGCUCGCAUCAUCACCAGCAGCAGCAGCAGCAGCAACAGCAGCAACACUUGCAGCAACAGCAGCACCAUCAGCAGCAGCAGCAGCAACAGCAACAACAGCAGCAGCAGCAGGCGGCGCAGCAACUGACAUCCGCUACAAAUACCACAACAAAAGCCAGCAGCAAGCCAGCGGUGGCCGUCAAUUACUCACAGAAGCUAGCCGCCACAGUGCAACAGCAGCAGCAGCAGCAACAACAGCAACAGCAACAGCAGCAGCAGCAGCAACAACAACAGCAGCAGCAGCAACAUCAGCAGCAGCAACAGCAAUUGCUGCAUAGCCAACUGUCAGCGGAGCUGCAGGAGGAUUCAUCAAACAUUACCAGCGACCUAAGCGAGGAGCAACUGCAACAACAUCAGGCAGCACAGCAGCAGCUCUACAACAACUAUCAGCAAUAUGCGGCUGCUGCCAGUUACCGCAACUGGAAUCACAGUUUGACAUUCAACAGCGCUGCCGCAUUGCAGAAUCUGCUGUAGCCCAGCACAAGGCGAGGCUUUGUGUAAGUUUUGAGCCUUCGUCUCGGAUUUGGACUCGAACCCGGACAAUCCUCAAUCUCAGUCAGAGUCUCAGUAUCAGUAUCAGUAUCGAUGUCAGUGUCAGUCUUGGCCAGGCCAAUUAGCGAGCGGCUGUUCAAUGGCUUUUAGCACCUGGGCGCAUCCUUUGAGCUCGAGCACGUGAGUAAGAGUAAGAGUUAGAGUUAGAGUCCGGCUCCUCAUCCUCCACUUGUAAAUAGUCCAAUUAACUCUACUGCAAGCACUCAGUCUUUGCUUAGUCUUCGCCUUUAUGUUGACGAGUAUCUUUUGUUUUUGUUUUUUCGAUGUCGUUCUGUUGAGGAAUUCAAGAAAAAAGUGAUGUAGUUGUAAGUGCAGCAACGGCCACAUGUAUAAUCAAUUAUGUUAGCCGUUAAGCAAAGAUCUUUGUUAACAUUUAUGUUUGCUAUAAGAAACAAAACAAAACAAAACAAGAAAUCAAGAAAUUCCGUGCCAUUUGUUUAUCCUCAAAGUAAGCAAUAACAAUCAAAUCGGUUAAAACAAAUAAUCAGCAUUUUAAAUGUAUGUGAAAAGAGAGAGAGAGAGAUAAAUUGAGAGAGAGAGUAAUGCGGGAUUGUGUGUAAUGUUCAUUUAAAACAAAUCCUUUUAUCCAAAGGCAAUCGAAUUCGAAUCGCAAAUGAUCAAAAACCAAAAACUUAAUAUCCAACAAAUGCAAAAAGACCCUUAAGAAUCUUCAAAUUAUUUAACUAAGCAACAAAAUUUGGCCAUGCAUAGGAAACGUCACGUUUUAAUUAAACAAUUACUUAUACGUUAUGUAUAAUUUUUAAACUUAUUAUAUCAUUUCUUUUAUACAGCAACAAUUAAUUUUCUGUUAUUGUGCGAAUUCGCUUAGGCUUAAACAUUCUGUAAAUAAUUAGACUAUAUGCAUAUAAAUAUAUAUAUAGAAAUAUGUAUGUAUAUUUAAUUCUAAGCAAGCUAAUAUUAAACUUCACACCCAAAAAAGAGAAAAUAAAAAAAAACAGUUUUUAAACUAACUUGAGAAUUAAUCAAAUUGUAUGCUACACAACAUUAAUAAAUAUUGUAUAGUAUUUAACAUUUAAUUAGCAUAAAUAAAUACAAUACAAAUAAAACAGAAAACAACAUGAUGAAGGAAAAACAAAAACAAUGAACGAAAAACUGCAAUUAUUAUUCAAUAAUUUUUAUUAAUAUUAAUUUUAUUAUUGUGCGUCAACAAAAAAUCCAACACACUCUUGCGCAUUUUUAUAUUGAGCUAAGCUAAUUGAUUAAACUUAAUACAAAAUGAAAUAAAUAAUAACACAAAA